AAAAUAUUAGAAAUAAUAGAAAUAUUAGAAAUUUAGAAUUAGAUUCCGUUUGCUGGCUGCCGCCAUCCAAGUCUAGCCAGUAGCUGAAGCGAUUAAAGAAGUUAAUUUCAAUUAAAUAAUGUGAAGGAAAUUUAUUACAGUUUGUGUUUAAAUAUUUUAUCAAAACACUUUGAAUUUUCACUUUCUAGAUAGCACCAGUAAUUUAAUAUUAUAUUAUAAUAAACGUUUUUUAAAGUUCAUUAAUUGUUGGAUUAGGAGUGUAUUAACAGAAUCAUAAGAAAUCAUUAAAUUGAAUAAUUAUGAGAGAACGAGAGCGUUAUAAAGAUAAAGGACAUGAUCGUACUAAAGAUAAACAUCGAGAUCGUUCUAACAGUUUAACUAGAGUACGUAGAGGUAGAUCUCGAAGCUCAUCACCAAGAGCAAGACGUGAACCACGUGAACAUUCAAGAAGUCCACGUCGAGUUCGUUCUCGGAGUAUUUCACCUAGGACUAGACGUGAUGUACGCAAAAGAAGCCGUUCACGUCAGCGUCAUUCAAGAUCGAGAUCACCUGUAAGACGACAUUCAAGAGAGAGACGUCGUUCUAGAAAUCGUGAUUUAAGAAGAUCAAGGUCAAAAACUCCAACAAAAAAAGACAAAAAAUACACUAGGUCUGUCCAACAUACUGCUCCUAAAGUUACAGAAGAAGAUCUGCGUGGGAAAACUGCUGAAGAACAAGAAAUGAUGAAAAUGAUGGGAUUUUGUAACUUUGACAGUACUCAUGGCAAAGAAGUUGACGGCAAUAAUGUUGGUGAUGUUCAUGUUAUACUUAAACGUAAAUACCGACAGUACAUGAACCGUAAAGGUGGAUUUAAUAGACCUCUUGAUUUUGUAGCUUGAGUAUAAUUUUUACUKUUUAUUUAAAUAAAAUGUCAAUCGUAUGAUAUUUGACUUAUAAUAAUACAUUUUACUUUAAAAAGCCAAAGUUUAAUUAUGUAUGUAAUAAUUAUUCUGAUUAAAAUGUCCAUUGUAAAUUAAUUUUACUUUUAUAAAACAACUUAAACAAUAUUCCUACUAUGUAUAGGAAAUUAAGCUUUUAUUUUUGAGAAAAUAUUGAACUACCUAAAUUAAAUUUGCUAUAAAAAGUAA